GUCUAUUCCGUGCGCGCGUGUGUGCACUACUGCGAGCUACGACUGCUGCUCGUCACUGUGCCGCGAGCAGCGACUAGAGGACCAGAUUUAAAGAAACCCUCCGAGUCCAUCCAUCCUGCUGCAGCGUUUCCUCUGGACACCAAGGCUGAUUUCUGGUUCCCGCUACAGACCAGAGGCUUCUGCCAGGAGGAUAAUCUGUGACACGUUACGAUGCUACAUGUCAGGGACCUCAUCUGGGGAUGGCUGCUCAUCGGCUGCGCAGCUGCCAUUCAGGUGGAAAUCACUCCAGCACAAGGCGAAAUCAGCGUGGGAGAGUCCAAGUUUUUCCUCUGCGAAGUGGUCGGGGAUGUUAAAGACAUCGACUGGUACGCGCCGAGCGGUGAAAAGAUCCUCCACACCAGGCCAAACAUUUCAGUGAGCCGCAGCGAUGAAACCACAUCCAUCCUCACCAUUUACCACGCCAACGUAGACAACGCUGGCAUCUACAAGUGUGUGGCAAAAGAUGGAGACAAGGAGGCCCAGGCCACGGUCAAAGUGAAGAUUUUCCAAAAGAUCACCUUCCAGCGAGCGCCCAGUCCGCAGGAGUUCAACGAGGGCGACAUCGCUGAUAUCGUCUGCGACGUUGUGAGCUCCCCACCACCGACCAUCAUUUGGAAACACAAGGGCUCCCUUAUCCAAGCUACCAAAGAUGUGCGAUAUAAGAUCAUGGAGAACGGCCAUCUGCAGAUACGUGGCAUCAAGAAGAUCGAUGAGGGCAUGUACGUCUGUGAGGCUCGUGUCAUGGCCAGAGGAGAAAUUGAUUUCCGCACAAUGAAGGUCAUCAUUAACGUGCUUCCCACCAUUCGGGCUCGGAAGUCAGAGGUCAAUGCCACAGCUGACAUCAGUAAAUCUGCUCUGUUGGCUUGUGAUGCAGAUGGAUUCCCAGAACCCACUGUUACCUGGGCGCAUAACAACGUUGUCCUUGAAACGGGUGACAAAUACAGCUUGAACGAGGAUGGUUCUGAAUUGCUAAUAAAGGAUGUCAAGAAGGUGGAUGAAGGAGAUUACACUUGCAUCGCCAAAAACAAGGCGGGAAGGAAAACAGAAGAAGUCAGCCUGAACGUGUUCAUGAUACCCAACAUUACCUACUUCAACAACAAGACCGCCUCAGAGUUCGAUGAGGAAGUCACGCUGACCUGUGAGGCCUCGGGCGAUCCCACACCCACCAUCUCCUGGAGGUUUGGAAACAGGGUUUUCACAGAAGGAGAACAGAACGCUGAUAGGAAUGUGGUGGUUCUCAGCCACGCGCGGGUGUCCUCCCUCACCCUUAAAGUGGUCCAGUUUACAGAUGCUGGCCGUUAUCUCUGCACCGCCAGCAACUCCAUUGGUGAAGACAUCCAGCCGGUAUACCUGGAAAUCCACUAUGCUCCAAAGAUUAUGGGUGUAGUGGCCGUAUAUACGUGGGAAGGAAACCCGGCUAACAUCAGCUGUGAGGUGGUCGCUCACCCUGGAGCUUCAGUCACUUGGUUCAGAGAUGGCAUCCAGCUGCCGAGUGGCAACACCUCCAAUGUGAAGAUCUACAGUACACCUACCAACAGCUACCUGGAGAUUACACCCGAGUCACAAAAUGACUUUGGUAGCUACAACUGCACAGCAACUAACAUGUUGGGAUCGGAAUCCAAGGAGUUCAUUCUCAUCCAAGCAGAGGUUCCUUCGUCGCCAGAAAUCCAGCAAGUGGUGCCGUUCUCGAGCACAGCCGUGGUGGAGUUUGAAGAGCCGUACUCCAAGGGGGGCGUUCCCAUCAUCAGGUACAAGGUGGAAUGGCGUUUGCUUGGAAAGGAAUGGAACAGCAAGGAGUACGACGCUGAGGAUGGCAUGACCAGGAUAACCAUCACUGGUCUGAAACCCGAGACAACCUACGAGGUCAAGAUGUUUGCCAUCAAUGGCAAAGGCGAAGGCGAGAGCAGCCUCGCCAGCACGUUCAAGACCAAGCCAGUCCGGGAACCAAAUGCUCCCAAACUAGAGAUCACAGCCGUAAAGGGGGGCAAUACUUUCAAAGUCAAAUGGAUCAAGCAGGAUGACGGCGGCUCUCCCAUCAAACACUACCUGCUCCGAUACAAGGCUAAGCACGUAUCCGACUGGAAGCCAGAGCUCCGCCUCCCCCCGGCCAGCGAGUACGCCAUGCUGCGCGGUCUGGACUGGAAUACGGACUAUGAGAUCCAUGUGGUGGCGGAGAACCAGCAGGGCAAAUCUGAACCUUCUGUCACUUUCUUCAGGACUGCUGUAGAGCCCACCACCAUCCCAGACACCAGGGAAGGCGGCUCGGGACUGGGAACCGGAGCCAUCGUGGGCAUCCUCGUUGUGGUCUUCUUCGUGCUCUUGGUUGCCGUUGACGUCGCCUGCUUCUUCCUGAACAAGUGCGGGCUCCUCAUGUGCAUUGCCGUAACCUUCUGUGGAAAAGCUGGACCAGGAGCCAAGAACAAGGACAUCGAGGAGGGAAAGACGGCAUUCACGAAGGAUGAGUCAAAGGAGCCGAUUGUUGAAGUGAGAACAGAGGAAGAACACACCCCAAACCAGGAAGGGGGUCCAACAGAGCCCACCGAGACCACUCCACUGACCGACCCAGACGGUAAAACUGUGAAGGAUGACAACACCAAAGGCGAGACGGAGGCGAAGAACGCCACGGCUGAGGUGAAGGCGGUUCCCAACGAGGCUCCUCAGGUGAACGGCAACGAGAGCAAAGCGUAACCUCCUCGUCUCCAGUGGCAGGAAGAAGAGGGCAGUUAGGACCGGGGGGGGCGGGGUCACAGUCACUGCUGAAACCUCAAAAUCAUGUCACACACCAUCCCGUCACAUUGAAUCCUAACAUGCGCCUGGUUUCAUACAUCCUAAGACCUCAUGCCUUAGCUCCUACGACAUCAGAUAAAGAACCCUGUUUGAGUCUGUUUUCUAGUGGAUCAGCUGAUGAGUGCAUCUGUACUGUAGGUGGACAUGGUUUACUGUAGCUUUACCGCACACGUCACUGCCUUCAGCGUGCACAGACAUGUAAAACCUUACCCACACUUUUAUUUUUAUGCAGUACACUCAUCAUUAAUGGUUGUAAUUAUGGAUCUUUUUUAGCUUUUUAAUGUCUUAUUAGCACGUCUGUUGUUAUUUCCAACGCUACUGUAUUUCUGUGUACCGGUGUUCUGUCUGGGAUUGGGUUUAAUUUUUUCAUAUUUGUUUAAUUCUUUUGCAUUUUCUCUGAUUUCAGUCAAACUUUACAUUUAAAAAAAAGAAGAAGAAAGAAAGGAGAAAUAUUUAAUUUCCAGUAGUUACCUGCUGCUUUCAGUACGUUUCAAAUAUAUGAUUUCCUAGAAUUGUUCGUUUGUUUGGUGGCUGAAUAAAAGAGAAUAAAAGAGAAUAAAAGAGAAAUACUCAACUGAAAUUUGAUUUGCAACAUUUUAUGAUUUUAGAAAGUCUGUUUUUAUGUUUAUCUAGUUUCCAUUUGAUCAACUCCAUCACAUCAGAACUCGUUUUGAAGCAGAAAUCCGGCCUUAUUUUGUCUCACGGUGUCUGAAAAAUUCGAAACUCUGCUCGUAGGUGUUCUGCUUUCAGCCAAUCAGAAGCCAGGAAGUCCUGUGACCAAAUAUAACGAGUCAGAGGUGUACACUCACUAACUGGACCAAUGAAAUGUUGUAAAUAAUGCGACCCUUACCUGAAGCAAACCAUUUAUUCUUGGUAGUAGAUGAAAUGAAUGAAGUUAUAUAGAUGGAGAAACAUUGUACACUGUAAAAAAUGAGCUUUCUGCCUGUUUGUUUCUGGCCCAACAGGCUGACUGCAGCUUUUAGUCUCGGUGUCGCUAAACUGUGACGACAUGACGGUUUUUAGUAGCAUCUCUAACUCUUCUUCUCUGUCCCCCACACACGUAUAUCAGAGCUUCCUGUAGGUGUGCUGGUCUGGUGUGUUACCCGGCCAUUCUGGGGGCUUUGUAGUCUAAGAGCUCAUGGGAGUUCUAUUUAUUAUCUGAAAAACACAUUUUUAACAAAUCUUGACUUCGUAUGAACUCUCAAAGGCAAACUUAUUAUUUCAUCUGCUAAAUCCAUUAAAAACAUAAUUAUUGCAACAUGUUGCAAGAAUUAGUUUUAAUUUGAUUUACUUUGAGAAAAUUGGUAAGCUGACCUUUUUUUCAUUGACAUGCGGCCAUCUUAACUCCUUCACUGCCAACGUUUGUCAGCAUUUUUACUGUUUAUUUUAAGAGUCACAGAACGUUGGGGGCUAGGAUGAUGUCGACGCCAAAACAACCAAAACAAAGCGGCGACUCACCUCUUACAUCAGGAAGAAUCUGCGCGUUUAUGAUCUGUUGUUGAAUUGUGAUCGGCAGAAGCUUUUCCGGUUCGUGCCUCACUUUUUUACAGCAGCGGCCCAAAACGAUCUCCUAACACGUGGAUGUUUUGCUUCCUGGUCACGUGACGUGCGUGGAUGAAAAUCUGCUUUAGGGCUGGGAUGUUUGUUCUCACGGUGUGGGGGCUCGUCCGACGCCCACAGUAAAAGAUACAAAUGACGACUUUAGUCGUCAAUGGCGGUUGAUGAGUUAAAUGUGUUUACUGAAAACAGUCAGAUGACAAAUGCAACAAAAGGUUAAUCGAAAUAAUAAUGUUUAACUUCAUGGAGCGAACAGAUUUCCUUUCUACAAAAACAUUAGCUGAUGCUAGUUGGGUUGAUUUCUGUGGUUUUGUUGUCUACUUGGUAAAAAGAAGAAAAAUCAGCUGAUCCUGACUUUUCCAGCCUGUUGUCUGCAUUUAUAGAUUUGUUUACCGUCUUAUUAGGUUGGUCGUUGAAACUAUUUGUUUAAAAAUAAGUUGUUUUUUUUUCUUUAGCUGAGAUAACAUUUUUUUACUCCGUUUUUUCAACUGAUAAUUUUUAAAAGCCCAAGUUCAUCCACCAGGUUUCCCGUGGGAAUAAAAUAAUUAUUUUUAACCUUUUUGGCUCCAUCUUUAAAUCCACCUAAUUCCAACCAUACAGCUCAAAUGUUUUUACAGUUUUCUUUCUGCUCCAGACCUCCAGCUAGUCGUGUGAAGUGUAGAUCUGCCGUGUCUUCGUCGUAGAUCUGGGUGUCUAGUUUACCGUGAGAAGAUGUAGCCGUAGUGUGUGUGGUGCGGGAGUCUGACGGCAGGAAGACGCAGUGCCUUUGGUUUAGAAAAGUUGUGACGUGCGCUCCGAUCCUCCUCGUAUCUGCAUCCAAGGCUCUGCCCUCUCGGCAGUUGGUCUCCGUCGAUAUUUCAGCGUUUGCUUGAAUCCUCUCAUUGAUUCUGAGCGGCUCCAUCAUCGUGGUCCCUUUUUGUACUUGAGUGAUUUUUCUGUUGCUUAACCAUUUCUUCAUACUUUUAGUUCUAGUAGCUUGUUAGAAACACCUGACUGGUUUUAUGAAAACGAAAUAAAUUGAUCUUUGAUGCAGUUUCACUAUUUAAAUUUAAAAUAUUUGAUGCAAGGCCCGAAAAAGGGUCAAAACAAAUGGUUAAACUUCCCUUUUAACCCCCCCUCUGUCCUAUCGGGUGACCCCUCCAGGAAAGGUUCACAUGGCUGGGGUGCACCUCAAGGUAUAAACCAUGAACCCCGCUCAACGGUCACCUUUCCUGGAGGGGUCACCCGAUAGGACAGAGGGAGGGGUAAUCCUGUUUCACCAAAUAAAGAGGACAUUCCUAAAGAGUCUGAACUUGUUGGUUUAAAUGAGCAUGUAAACUAUUCCUGUGAUGAUGUGUGUUUUAGUAAAAUAAACAAGGAUUUGUGUUUUUUCCCCGUUGUUGUGAAACUGUUCCUGUUUGUACAUUUCUUUUUACACACGUUCAUGAAUAUUGUGUAAUAUGCAAAUAAAAAUGAGAUUUUCAUGUAUUUUGUUCACCUUAAA